AUGGUACUAAGCAAGCAAGAACUUAAAGAGGUCGAAAACACAUUCAUUGGUUUACUCAAAAAUGAAAUUGGGCCGUUAUUAAAGUCACAUGCGGGAACAAAUUUGCAGUCCUAUGAUGAUAAAUCCAACGGUGUGGAUUUAGUUACAGCUUUGGACAAAAAAAUCGAAUCCAUAAUCAAAUCGGAAUUAGCUAGUAAAUAUCCCAAGUUCAAAUUCAUCGGCGAAGAAACUUAUGUAGAAGGAGUUACUAAAAUAACUAAUGACCCAACAUUUAUUGUGGACCCAAUCGAUGGCACUACUAAUUUUAUCCAUGGCUAUCCUUAUAGUUGUACUUCGCUGGGUCUGGCUGAAAUGGGAGAACCGGUUGUUGGCGCAGUUUUUAAUCCACAUUUAAAUCAACUUUUCCAUGCCUCGAAAGGCAAUGGAGCUUUCUUAAACGGUCAAGAGAUAAAAUUAACAGAAAGACCGUUGAUACUACAGAAAUCAUUGGUCGCAUUAGAAGGAGGCUCAGAAAGAACUGAAAGUUCGCAAGGGAACUUUGAUAAAAAAAUGGGGACCUACAAAAAUUUGCUCAGUGAGUCGGGCGCCUUUGUUCACGGGUUCAGAAGUGUGGGAAGUGCUGCCAUGAACAUAUGCUAUGUCGCUAACGGUAUGCUCGAUGCUUACUGGGAAGGUGGCUGCUGGGCGUGGGAUGUCUGUGCUGGUUGGUGCAUCCUGAGAGAGACUGGUGGGAUAAUGAUUGGUGGGAACCCUGAAGAAUGGGAUAUUCCGUUAGACAGAAGAUGCUAUUUCGCCAUCAGAAGUGGAUGUGAACCUAAAGAUCAAAAACAAUUCGCAGAGGCAUUUUGGUCUCAUGUUGCAGGUAAAUUGGAGUACUAA